UGUAUCCGACAGCAUUUGAAUACUAGUACCCAUCACCUAUACUCCCCGUGCGCUCGCGAUUGCGCAUAAUAAACGACCUCGAGACCCUUCCCUCGCUUAAUUACUACUCCCGUUGUUUUGUUUCGCCAACUCGCCCAUCAUGCGCACGCAACCCUUUCUCUUCGCUCUAGUCGCCCUUCUCGCCUCUAACGUCAUCGCCCAAGGGAAUAAUAAUGAUGACGAUACGACGGGCGACGUGACGCCAACUCCUACACCAACACAAACUCCUACUCCUACGCCAACACCAACGCCGACGGAGACGGAGACGGAGGUGGACACCGAGGCGGACACCGACGAGGACUCUUCCACAUCCGAGGAACCUUCCGAGACCAGUACUACAACGGAGCCUUCGUCCACCGAUACUCCUCCACCUAUUACCACUUCAACUUCAUCCGAUGAUGAUGGACCGCUUCCUACUAUCCCCGGCCAAUAUAGUUAUCCCGCUCCAUCCGUUCCUCCUACGAAGAAUGCCCCGUUUAUGCAGCCGUCAAGCGUGCCGGAAGGCACCGUGUUCAUCGCAGUCGGAGCCAUCCUAGGUGCUUUCGGGGUUGCCGUCUUGAUAUGGCGCGCGGUCGUCGCCUGUCUUCUGCACCGCUCGGUCAAGAAGGCGGCAUUGGCUCAGCAACUUGCUAACGACAAGGCUACCUUUCCGCCGCAACCGCCUCCGUUCUACAAGUAUACCGACCAGGCAUCCUCGGCCUCGCUUGGUAACGGCGGAUCAGGCCGUGGCGUACGAAGAACAACGCGGGGACCCAUCCCCUCGCAAACCCCGAGCCAGUCCAAUCUUUUCUUUUCGCCCACUGCUCCCACUGCGUCCAGCGGUAAUCGUGAGUCCCGAUUCCUACCCUCCGGUUUCUAUGCCGCCGGGGCAGGCUCUCCGCAGGGCCACAGUCAUAAUAUCAGCUUAACGAACUUGCGGCCUGAUUCACACGGUCACCCGCGACCUCUUGGACAUACUCCGCCCGAGUCUCCCAGUCUAGCACCCCGUGGGGCUUUAGCACAACGAAACAUGAGCGCGAGCUCGCUGAAUCUAAAUCGACCGCCCAGUGGACGGGCACCUAGCGCUUUCUUGGAAGAUUUAUUAGACGACCCGAAAAAUCAGUUCCCACCACCUAGCCACCACCACACCUGGAGUUCAUCACAACCCCGGCAUUAGAUAUCUGGCAAGGAGUCUGCUUCAGCGGAGU